AUGAGGAAAAUAUUUGUACCACAACACUACUAUAGGGAACUGUACAAUCAAUUACAAAGGUUGAAUCAAGGAUCCUAUAAUGUUGAAGAAUAUCACCAAAAGAUGGAGAUAGCCAUGAUUCGAGCCAAUAUCAAGGAAGAUAGGGAAGCUACUAUGACAUGUUUUCUUUUAGGUUUGAACCGUGAUAUUGCUAACCUUGUUGAGCUGCAUCAUUAUAUAGAUUUGGAGGAUAUGGUACAUAUGGCAACCAAGAUUGAAAAACAAUUAAGAGUGAAAACCAAGGCUGUUUUGACCACAACAUCAUGGAAGUCGAACUGGAAAGGGAACAAGGGAGGGGAUGUAAAUACAAAUAAGGGUAGAUCUGAUCAAAGCAAAAAUAAAGAAAUCAUUACACCAAAAAUGCAACCUAAGGAUGACAAAUCCAAGGAUAAAUCACGUGAUAUACAAUGCUUUAAGUGUUUGGGAUAUAGACAUAGAGUUGCACAAUGUCCAAAUGCAAAGGUGAUGACCCUAUACAAUGGAGAGGUGGUGAGUGAAGAUGAGAGUGAGGAUGAUGAUGACUUGAGUGACAUGCCAUCAUUGGAGGAUGUUUCAGAAGAAGAGGGCAAUGAACCAGCCCCUAAAAGACUAAUUUUCACACUGGUUGUAAGACGUGCUCUAAACAUUUGCACUAAUGUUGUUAAUGCUGGUUUAGUUAAUAAAGUGGGGUUGAAAACAACUAAACAUCCUAGACCUUAUAGGCUACAAUGGUUGAAUAAUAGUGGGGAUAUUAAGGUCAUGAGGCAAGCAUUAAUCUCAUUCUCUAUUGGGCGUUAUCAUGAUGAGGUUUUAUAUGAUGUAAUACCUAUGUAUGCUAGUCACAUAUUAUUGGGACGCCCUUGGCAAUAUGAUAGGCAUGUUAUACAUGAUGGGUUUUCUAACCGAUAUUCAUUCAACAUGGAUGGUAGACCUGUCAACUUGUUACCUAUGGCACCUAAAGAAGAAUUUGAAGAUUUGUUUCCCGAAUCCAUGCAUGAUGGUUUGCUGCCAUUGAGAGGGAUAAAACGUCAAAUUGAAUUUAUUCCUAGAGCACAAAUUCCAAAUCAACUAGCUUAUAGGAGCAAUCCCGAAGAAACAAAGGAGUUACAACGUCAAGUGGAUGUGUUGUUGUCAAAAGGGUUAACUAAUGCUCUUAGUACGUUCAUGCGCUUGAUGAACCAUGUUUUGCCUGAAUUUAUUGGCAAAUUCGUUGUUGUCUAUUUUGAUGAUAUACUUGUUUACAACAAAUCACUUGAAGACUACAUUUUGCAUGUGAGGUCUAUUUUUAGUGUUUUGCGUGCACAAAAGUUGCAUGCUAAGGUUGCUAAAUGUACGUUUUGUGUGCCUAGGGUUUUAUUUUUAGGUUAUGUUGUUAGCGAGCAUGAUAUUGAGGUUGAUAAUGAAAAGGUUAAGGCUGUUGAAUCUUGGCCUACACCUAAAAAUGUUAGGGAUGUUCGUAGUUUCCAUGGCUUAGCUAGUUUUUAUAGGCAUUUUGUACGUGAUUUCUCUAGCAUAGUCGUCCCUUUGACAGAAGUUAUUAAAAGGAGUGUUGGUUUUAAGUGGGGUGAUGAACAAGAUAGGGCGUUUCAUAUGCUUAAAUCUAACUUAAUUUCUGCUCCAGUUCUUGCUUUGUUUAACUUUGAUAAAACCUUUGAGAUUGAAUGUGAUGCUUCGGGAGUAGGUAUUGGCAUACUUUAG